AUGCGGUUCGCCCACGUCGAGGUGCCUGCCGAGGUUGUCGGUAUCAUUGCACACCAUCUGUUCUGCCUCGAGGGCAUGCAGGAAACGUGGAAGCUGCGUCUCGUCUGCACCACUUUUGCGAGCGCGAUAAAAGACGACAUACUUCUUUACCAGACGGAAGAAUUACGGUACGCGAAGGGGCGCUGGUGCAGUAGCAUUAUGUCGCAUUUAAUGCCAGAAUGGCUCUACUAUCGGGUCAAGAAGCCUGUCGACAGCAUGAGCAGCUUGUCGGCCAACAUCUUGGGCAUACACUCAUACAUUUGUCAAGAGCUGAACAUUGCCAACGCCAAGAAGGAGAAAAAGCUUCUCGAUGUAUGCGCCGCAAUGGCACAAACGAUAACCUUCCCUGACCUCUCCUACGCUAUACGGUACCCAUAUCCUUCAAAGAGCUCUUGCGAUUUACAUCAUCAAUGGUGCGAAACCGCCUUUUCUUCAGGGCUCACAACCGAGGAGAAGGUUGCCGCGGCGACAGCGCUUGGUGACUACGAGAUGCGCGAAGAUCUACUACCACAACUCAGAGAACACGACAUGGCGAUUCGACGUAUGAGUCCGCUUCUUGCAGCAGUCAUAACAGACGAUCAAGCAUCCCUACAACUGAUCCUGGAUCAUGCAGAAAGCCGGCAGGGAAAGAGUACUCUUGAGAGUCUCUACAUACCUUAUGCUUUCAGGCUCGCGAUACACCAACACUCUGCCGGUACUGUCGGUCGACUGACAGAGUUUCUGAAGAGGUCAUACCAUGAUCACAAGAAAGACGUGUACGUGCAGAGUCUGCGAGAAGCCGUGAAAUUCGUCCAGCCUCCAAACGCGGAGAUAGUACGCCAGAUAGUGCUACAUUCUCCAUAUGGACCGAAAGUCACCGCAGACGUCUUUCUUUAUGCUUGCAAAGCCCAUAGCCUAGACAUUGUCAAAGUCCUGCUAUCAGAAGGACAAGUAGACGUCAACGAGGGUUCCGCGCAAACCCUCCCACUCCAUGUCGCCAUCAAGACCACGGACGACGACACUGCUAUUAUCAGAGCAGUUCUUGAUGCUGGCGCCGACAUCAACAAGACGGACUACCUGACUACCAAGCCGAAAAAGUACUGUGGGGCACCAGCCCAGAAUGAAAGUCCGCUGGAGUUCGCCGCCGCUCACCCGAUGGCUGCAGUCAAGUAUCUUCUUCAGCGAGGCGCUGUCGUGCGUCACGUCGACCUUUGGUACACGAUAUCAGAACCAGAGCCGUACAACGCUUUGCGAGACGCCAGGAUGAAGCAGAGUGGAGAUAAGGUCCCGACGUUCAUGGAGAGUCAGAACAGAAUGGAGCAGGACCAGGAGGCAUAUCUGCAGAGCGAGGAGGAUAGACUUGAGAAGUUGCGACGCAAGCAUCGUAUUUGA